AUGACGACCACCGCGACGAAGGCGAGAUGGGUCCUCUACGACGACCAGCACCCAGAUGGCAGCUCCUUGCGGACGCUUACCCAGACGCAGGGACCUACGGCCCUGCAUAUCGAAAAGCCCAACACGCAGCUGAUGAAUCUGCGAGUCUCGCCUUCUCUUACACAGGAUCCAGGAUACGCGUCUUGGGCACCAGCGCUGUUCAGAACUUUACGGAGGGACAGGACCCAAUCUGGAACUGUACCCUCGACGGGGUGGAGUUGGCACCAGAGGCUAUGGGAUUCAGUGGUAAACAACUGGCCUCUCUGCGAGUCGCCACCCAUGCCGGAAGGGGAGCAUAGUACGCUCACGCUCAAUGUCACCAUCCAUCACGGAACCAGACUCCACGUCGAUCAAGUACGCUUUCUGCCUUCUACCAGUUCCAAUCUCUUGAAUCCCGUCGUGUUCAUCGAGCAAGUCGACCCAGCGGUUCGAUCUACGAGCGGCACUUGGCAGGUGAUACAAUCCAAUGCAAUGAUGACACUGGAGUCCGGUGCAACGAUGAGGAUAGACUUCUCAGGAACCAAAGCCACAUGGAUAGGAUGGGCGCCCAACGGUUAUCCAUCUCAGGGAUCAUCAACUGGAACUUAUGUUCUCGAUGGUGCAGAUCCUGCUAGGUUCACGGUCCCGGGAGUACCACCUGGAGUCGUGUCGGCUUCAAUCAUGUACUUUUCGAAACUGGCCUGUCCUCGUCAGGAGUGUACACUUCGACUUCCGCUCUACCUACAGCCUCGCGACUCGCGAGUAGUAUCCCAUCCUACGGGCACGUAG